GAUGAGAAUGAGGCGUUCUCCUUCUCCACAGACUCUCCGAGCAUCAUCGUCGGUGUUGCCUUUCCGGCCUCCUGGCUUCAUGCUCGCUGAUUAAAUCCGAGCGCUGCUAACGCUACGCGCCAUUCCGUUCGCCAUGGUCCGGGAUAAAAAGGACAGGGACAGCUGGGGGUCAUUUGUGGAUAAGAAUGUAUAUGACUGGAGCUCUGAAGAUGAGGAGCCGGACACCAGGGCUCGGCCGGUGCAGGUGUUGGUGGUGAAAGAUGACCACUCGUUUGAGCUGGAUGAGACGGCGCUGAGUCGUAUCCUGCUGGCUGAGGAGCUCAGAGACAGAGAGGUGGUCGCCGUCUCUGUUGCUGGGGCUUUCCGGAAGGGCAAGUCUUUCCUCAUGGAUUUCAUGCUGCGCUACAUGUACAACCAGGCAGGUGAGGACUGGCUGGGGGAACCUGAUGAGCCUCUGACUGGCUUCUCCUGGAGAGGAGGGUCUGAGAGAGAAACCACCGGCAUCCAGAUCUGGAGUGAAGUUUUUCUUGUGGACAAACCAGAUGGCACCAAGGUGGCAGUGCUGUUGAUGGACACCCAGGGAACAUUCGACAGCCAGUCCACACUCAGAGACUCAGCUACCGUAUUCGCACUCAGUACUAUGAUCAGCUCCAUGCAGGUGUAUAAUAUAUCUCAGAACAUUCAGGAGGAUGAUUUACAGCACCUGCAGCUCUUUACCGAAUAUGGCAGACUGGCCAUGGAGGAAACAUUCCUCAAACCAUUCCAGUCAAUGAUUUUCUUGGUUCGAGAUUGGAGUUUUCCAUAUGAGUUUCCCUACGGUCAGGAAGGAGGGAUGAAGUUCCUGGAGAAAAGGCUAAAGAUUUCAGAGAACCAGCAUGAAGAGCUGCAGAACGUAAGGAAGCACAUUCACUCCUGCUUCACCAACAUCUCCUGCUUCCUUAUGCCCCAUCCUGGCCUCAAAGUUGCCACCAACCCUCACUUUGACGGCAGACUGAAGGAAAUCGAUCAAGAAUUCAUCAGUAACCUGCAGGUGCUGGUGCCAUGGUUACUCGGUCCCAAAAACCUGGACGUGAAAGAAAUCAAUGGCAGCAAAAUCACCUGUAGAGGCCUGCUGGAGUACUUUAAAGCAUACAUAAAGAUUUACCAGGGGGAAGAGCUGCCUCACCCAAAAUCCAUGUUACAGGCCACUGCAGAAGCGAAUAACCUUGCAGCUGUAGCUGCAGCUAAAGACCUGUACAACAGAAAGAUGGAGGAGGUGAGUGGUGGUGACCGGCCGUUUCUGGCUCCGAAUGAGCUUCAGGCUCGUCAUGCUGUGAUCCGUGAGGAGGCGCUGGCCGUGUUCCGCGGGGUAAAGAAGAUGGGUGGGGAGGAGUUCAGUCGCCGCUACCUGCUGCAGCUGGAAGCAGAGAUAGAUGAGCUGUUUGUGCAGUAUAUCAAACACAACGACUCCAAAAACAUCUUCCAUGCCGCACGCACGCCCGCCACGCUCUUCGUGGUCAUCUUUGUUAUGUACGUGUCGGCAGGGAUCACAGGCUUCGUGGGUGUGGACGUGAUCGCCAGCGUGUGUAACAUGGUGCUGGGCUUUGCCCUCAUCACGCUCUGCACCUGGGCCUACAUCCGCUAUUCUGGAGAGUACCGUGAACUCGGCGCCGUCAUUGACCAGGUGGCAGGAGCACUAUGGGACCAGGGAAGCACUAAUGAGGCUCUGUAUAAGUUGUAUAAUGUGGCAGCCAGUCACAGGCAACUCUAUAACCACGCGUUUCCCGGACACCAGUCUGACCAACACCCUGAACAGGACAAGAAGAGAAACUGACCACACGCACAUACGCAGCACGCGCACAUACACACACACAAACACAGGCUCAAAUGUACACCCACUCUGUUGCACUGAUGCUCUGGCCAUAGCACAGUUGAGUUUUUUUGGAUUGUCCAAGUGACAGUAUAUUGAGAGAGAAGAGAGAGAGAGAGAGAGGUUGGGAGAAGGAGAGGACAGAAAAAAAUCACAUUACUGCUGCAUUAGGAGCAAAUGUCAGAUUCGGUUGCCAUAGCAACGCCUGCCACUAACAGUUCAGCUGGCGAGCCAGAUGGUGAGGAGUGGGCACCCAGGUGCUCCAGGCAGCACGAGCACGAGUCCAAGACUUAACUCCGCCGAGAUGAUCACUGCUCCAGCUAAGCUGACUCAAGUCCUGCGUGGCUGCUUCUAGUCUCAUCUAGUAUCGCAUUGUUUUUAAGUUGCACAGGACAGUUCCCAGUCUAGUCUUUGCCGAUCUCUAACCAGUUCACAUUUUCGUUUUAUUGCAGCUUCCAAAGUGCUUGCUGGUUUAGGUUUGCUGAGAGGUGAACUGGAACAAAACUGAUAACCUGUCGGGAUUCCUCAAUGACUUAAUCGGGAAAUUCUACAUUGAGACACCUGAUGUCUCCUAGGAAAUGAGCUUAAAAGUGUAGGGGGUAAAUGUGGCAAGUGUUUUAUUUUAUCUAUGUUUUUUUUUUACACAAUAUCUCUCUGCAACUCUGCCAUUAAAUUCCUUAUGUUGCACUAAUGUAAGCCUCAAUAUUGUACAUAUUGUACAUGACUUUGUUUAACCAUAUUUUAGGUAUCAUUUAGCGUUGCCACUCAAGUCUAGUCGUCUCCAGUUCCCGGUCUUAUAAGUCUCUCCCCAUUUUAUGACGUCAGGUUUUAAUUUUUUAACCAGGGCCUGUAUUAGCAUGCAUUUUAAAUAGUGAGGUACCUGCGUUUAACUAACUCCAGCAGUGUAAGCCCCACAUUAUUGUUAACAAAAUCAUCUAUUUGGUAACAUGUUGCAUGUUCACCAAAAAAAUAAAGCAGAUAAAAGCCCCACAGGAUCCUUCUACUAGAAAAAAGCUUGGCCAUCAUCAGCCAGGUUUCUUCAGCUGAACACUUAUCAUUAACAUCUUACCCUCUGCAAAUUUAAGUCAAAGCCAUCAGUGUCCUGGCAAAUGAGGUUAAGUUUACGUGUGUCCUGUUGACUGAGUGAUGUUGAGUCUAUAGGUGUGCUGGUGAUAUAGCAUGGUUAAGUUAAAGGUGUCCUGCUGACCAAAUCUGGUCAAGUCCAGUCAAUAGGUGUCGUGGUAAAUGAGGUUAAGCUCAUCCUAUACAUGUCCAGCCUGGCACAGGGGUUCCAGCCUGAGGAACAGCCAGCCAGCAUUGUAGAAUCAUCACAUUUCACUUUUUUUUCCUUCACUAUGACUCAUCAUAAACUCGUGCACUUCUGCUCCUCCUGUUGUACAUAAAAUAUUCCCAUCCAUCCACAUUCACACAGCGCUGAAAGGACAAAGCAGAGACUGUGCUGAUGACCAAGGAACACACUCUCCUUGCUGGGCUACGCUCAUACUAAUUGUUGUUUUAUUUUGUAACGAGUGUCUUGUUUUAUGUUGAAUUCAGUGCUAUUUAUAAAGAAUAAAAUAUUACAUGUUUAAAAUCUA